AUGUCUGCUGCCGAAGCUACCGAGCCCAAGGUCGAGGAGACCAAGAACGAGGAGACCAAGCCCACCGAGACCGGUGACGCCGAGAAGCCUGUGACUUCCUCCUCCGUCUUCUCCAUGUUUGGAGGUGGCGCCAAGAAGGAGAAGAAGGAGGAAGAGGACCGUGGUGACAACUCCGGCAGCGCUAAGGCUCAGCGCGAUGCUGCCGCCGCCGAGAAGGGCGAGGGUGAGGAGGAAGCUCCCGAGUCCGAGGAUGUUCACUUUGAGCCCGUUAUCAAGUUGACCGAGAAGGUUGAGACCCGCACCAACGAGGAGGCUGAGGAGCAGCUCUUCAAGAUGCGCGCCAAGCUGUUCAAGUUCGUCAAGGAGACGACUGAGUGGAAGGAGCGUGGCACUGGUGAUAUCCGCAUGCUGAAGCACAAGGAGAACGGCAAGACCCGUUUGGUCAUGCGCCGUGAUAAGACCCUCAAGGUCUGCGCCAACCACUACAUCGUCCCUGAGAUGAAGCUUUCUCCCAACGUCGGCUCUGACCGCAGCUGGGUCUGGAACGCUGCCGCCGAUGUCAGCGAGGGUGAGGCCGAGGCCGUUACCCUGGCCAUCCGCUUCGCCAACUCUGAGAACGCCAACGCCUUCAAGGAUGCCUUCCUUAAGGCUCAGAAGGACAACGAGGAGCUGUUCAAGACCGCUGCGGAGCCUGCUCCUGCCCAGGAGUCUUAG